CAGCUGUAUGUGUACUCUCACACACACACAUACAGUAAAGCGGCAGGCCUACAGCCGGAGCUGCAGACCGAGCAACGAUGGGAGGAAUAUAAGGAGCUUUUAUUUUUUAUUUAUACAUGUUAUCAGGUAAUCUCAAAAAAUGGAGGGAGGAAAUUUUGGCUACUCCCAAGACUAUCUGGACCGCUUCAUCCAAAGCCAAGACUCAUCCGUGGUGAACAAGUUCCAGCAGAAGUACUGGAAAACCAAACAGACGCUCAUCAAGGUCACCGGGAAGAAAGAGGACGAACAUGUGGUGGCGUCAGAUGCAGAUCUGGACGGCAAGCUGGAGGUCUUCCACUCCAUCCAGAGAACAUGCAUGGAGCUGCUAAAGGUCAUCGAGCAGUACCAGAGGAGGAUCUGCUUUCUUUCGCAAGAAGAGAACGAGCUGGGUCGGUUCCUGCGCUCCCAGGGCUCCCAGGAUAAAACCAGGGCGGGAAAGAUCAUGCAGGCCACUGGGAAAGCACUCUGCUUCUCCUCCCAACAAAGAUUGGCUCUGAGGAACCCUCUGUGCCGUUUGUACCAGGAGGUCGAAACGUUUCGCUAUCGAGCGAUCUCGGACACGUGGCUGACGGUGAACCGAAUGGAGCAGUCCAGGACUGAGUACCGCGGAGCGCUGCUUUGGAUGAAGGACGUAUCUCAGGAGCUGGAUCCAGAUACUCACAAACAGAUGGAGAAAUUUCGCAAGGUUCAGGCCCAGGUGCGCACAACCAAAACAAGCUUUGACAAACUGAAGAAUGAUGUCUGCCAGAAGGUUGACCUGCUGGGAGCAAGUCGCUGCAACCUCCUCUCUCACGUUUUAACCACAUACCAGACAACACUUUUGCACUUCUGGGAGAAGACAUCCCACACUAUGGCGGCCAUUCAUGAGAGCUUCAAGGGCUGUCAGCAUUAUGAGUUCUCCGCACUUAAGACCUUACAAGGCCCCAUGGACAAGCUGGCUAAGAAAAAGGGGAAGAAGAAAAUUAAAGCGGCGGCCGAAGAUGGAAAAAAAGCCGAGACCACGGACGACCAACUCAUCUCACUAGUAAAUGAAAGCACCAGCGAGAAAACCAGAGAAGGGAGUGAAUAUCCUCUCCCUGCCUAUCCAGAGUUAGAGGGAGAGGAGAAGGACAGCAUGGCCUUACUGAACGAGAUCCUUGGCACUAUGUCUGUGGACGACGGCGACUUCUCUCGAGAGUGGACGGAAGUGUUUGGAGACACCGAGGAGGGAACGAGCGCAGCGUCAGGUAGACCGGCGGACGCCCAGCAAGAGGAAAACUCCUUCUUUCUACCAUCUCAGCUGUUGGACCAGAGCUUGAAUAAUCCGCAGUCUUCCCUCCCAGAUUGGGCCGGGAGCAUCACACAGCCCGUCGCCCAGGCAACGCAGCACUCAUCUGGAGCCAAUCAGAAUCCUUCUAAGCCAGCAGCGAAAGAGAAAGCUGGGACGUCCAAAGACCUCUCAGCGUGGUUCAACCUGUUUGCCGACUUGGAUCCCCUCUCCAAUCCGGAUGCGGUCGGCAAAACCGACACAGAGCACGAACUUCACAACGCAUAGUUCUUCCUCAGCGUCAUGGUGAUCUGAAAAUGGGUACCUUUGUUGGUGGGUACAGCAGAAUGUAGCUUUCACAUGUGAACAGAGAAAAAUCACAUCUGCCAAACACAAUUGUCUUCUCUUUAGACUUCAGAUAGAUAUAGGGCUGAAACAAUUAGUCAAUCGACAUGUCAAUAUGAAAAUCAACCAAAAUUAACAUGCAAAUAUUGUGAUAAUUAAUAAGUUAUUUCAGUCAUUUUUCAAGCAAAAAUGCCAAAUAUUUGUGAGGAUUUGCUUAUUUCUUUAUCAUCUAUGGUAGUAAACUGAAUAUCUUUGGGUUGUGGACUGUUGGGCACAAAAUAAUAUUGUAUAAAAAAAAUUAAGGCAUUUUCACUUCAUCUAAUAGACAAGAAAAAUAAAUAAAAAUCAAUAGCUGGAUAUUUUUCUUGUUAUAAUAGAGUAAAAGCUCCCUUAUUAUUAUGACAUACUGCACUAUGAUAUAUUAUAAAAAUAUACUCUAGAUGCAUUAUAACAAAAAAAUGUUAGUUUAACAAAAAAGGCUGGUACGUUGUAAUAAUAAAAUUACGUAUCAUUAAAUCAUCUUAUUAUAACGAGACAAAUACACUCACCGGACACUUUAUUAGGUACACCUUGCUAGUACCUUUGUGUUCUGCUGCUGUAGCCCAUCUGCUUCAAGGUUGGACGUGUUGUGCGUUCAGAGAUGGUAUUCUGCAUACCUUGGUUGU